AUGUCCGGAUCGACAAGACUACACGCAUCAGUUGAUGAUAUUAAUAAAGAUUAUUUAUCUCCACAUCGCGCAUCAACAAUGGUAUCAAUUGGUGGAAAUGAAUUACCAUUUGAAGAGUUACAUUAUGAGACAUUAAUAGAAUUAUUACAAGAAUUAGAUAGUGGUAGUGUAAGAAAACCAGAUAAUUUUAAUUCAUUACAUUUUUUAUUAUUAAUGUUAUAUGAUUCGGAUGGUAGACAACGUGAUCGAUAUCCAAUGUGGCGAUGGUAUUUUAGAAUAAAAAAGAAAUUAUUAACAAUGAAACAUUUGACAAUUGAAUAUAAAAAUUGUAAAGAAAUAAUUUUAACUGCUUUAGAACAUAUAUUUGAAAUAAAUAAAGAUGAAGAACAACAAAAAAGAUUAUUAUUUGCAGAUGUUCAUGUAGAUCAACAAUAUUUAACAUCACCUAUACAUGGUUUAUUUAAAAUAUAUACACCAUUACACAGUUAUUUGUAUAUGGAACUACAUGAUAAUCCAAUAUUGAAUUUAAAUGUUAAAUUAUUUAGUAUAUUUCAACAAAUAAUUCAAAAAUAUUAUUCAAUGGAAAAUUGUGAUCUAAUUCAUUUUGCUAUUGCUCAUAAAAAGUCACCAUUAUUAAAUAUUCUGUUUGAUAAUAUUGAUUGGUUAGAUUCAGCAAUAAAUUUGACAACAGAACGAGGUUGGUUACCAUUACAUUAUGCAUCAUUUGUUGGAGAUAAAGACACAGUUCGUACAAUAUGUAAUACACUGACAUUACCCACAUCUCAAGUUCAUGUUGAUACUAUAUCAUUAUUAAUUCCUAGUUUUAAAAUGAAAGAAUUUUCACUUAAUCCAAAUGAUUAUAUUUUGAAAGCAUGUGGUAUUGAAACGGUAAAUAAAAAACAUACAUCACAACAUGAGAAAGGAAAUUUAUCAAAAAAAAUUUCACCACAAGAUAGUAAUAGUAUAAUGAUGAGACAAAAUCAAUUACAACAACAAUUUCAAAUGCAUUCACAAAAUUCUGGACAUAAUAUAAAUAAUAAUAAUAAUAAUUUAAAUAAUACAAAUGAUAGUGAUAUUCCAGAUGCUGAUGAAUUAGAAUUAUCAUCAUUACCUUUAUUACAACGAGAUGAAUUUAUUGAAAAAAUAUUACAUGUUCAAGAUAAACAAUUACUUAUACCAUCACCAUUAAUUCUUGCUUGUAUUGCUACAUGUAGUGAUAAAUCUGAUUAUGAAGAAAUUGUUAAAAUUCUAUUAGAAUCACAUUUAGUAGAAUUUGAUGGACUUAAUCAUGAUUGUAUUUUAAAUAAAGUACUCGAUUAUAUGCAACAAGAACAAUAUGCACAAUUUCAAAAUGUACGAGUAUUUAGAGAUACAGAACAAGUGGGACCAUUUCCUUAUAUAUUCUAUCAAUUUGAUGGAUUUAUUGUUAAUCAGGAUGUUAAACCAUUAGCAGGUUCUAUUGGUAUGUCUGGUUCAUCAAUAACACUGACAACAUCAAAAGGUGAAGAAUCAGGAGCAUCAGAUGAUGGUAUUCAAAAUGAAAUGCCCAUUAGUGUACGAUGUUUUUUAACUGUACUUGUUCUAAGAGAUAUAUUUAUCCAAUAUCCAAGAUGGGAUUUUCAUUUAUUACGUGAAAAUAUCGAAGAAAAUUUUUUAGAAUUAGAACAAGCAUUGGGUUGUCGUCCAACGAUAUUGUAUCCCGAUGGUGAUAUUAUAACAUCUCGAAAACGUAGUAGUGUUACAUGGGAAGUAAUUAUGAGAUAUCGUUUGAGUAGUGAAGCAGGACAAUCUGUAUAUAUGCAAGUAGACUAUUAUUUUUUUGAUUCAUUUGGAGAUCCUCUAGCUGAUGCUAUUGCCAAUGUUUAUCAGACACCAUUUUAUCUAUCAUGUAUGACCGAUUCAACGGUAAUGAUGAAUAUUAUAUUUGAUAAUUUUUUUACAAGACGACAUUUACAUUGUUGGGGAACAAUAGCACAACGUCAAUUGGAACAUUGUUUUGAUGGUGUAUUACAAAUUAAAAAUAAUUAUACAACAUUUUUAGCAUUAUGUACAACAUUAAGUCGUUAUUAUCAAGUUGAAAAUGAUCCGUUUAUUGAAGAAAAUUCAUCAACAAUUCAACGUAUAUUUGUUCAUGCAUUUGCUUGUUGUGUUCGACGAAAUGCUAAAAUAGAAUUAGAUUAUUUGAUUAAAAAUCAUGCAUUAAUUUACUACGAUUCAUGUCGAACAAAACCAUCGGAUAUUCGACAUAAUAUAUUAACCUAUUGUGUGGUAAGAAAUUUAGCUACUGUAUUUGAUCAAUUAAUGAAUAAUAUGAAAACAUCAAUGUAUAAAACAUAUCAAAAUUCAACAAAUCCCGAUUGGCAACCACAUAUUGCCUGGAGAGAAAUAAUUCACGUUAUUAUCGAUCCAUUGUUGCAGCAAAUAAAUGAACAAAAUGAAUUUACAUUAUUAGCAUGUUAUGGUGAUAAUGGAAUACAUUUUACAUCAAUUGGUAGUGUACCUAUUCUACAUUCAACGGGUGAAGAAUAUGUUCGAUGUAUAAAAACACGUCAAAAUAUUAUAACGAAAGCAAAACGAAAAUUACCAAGAGCUCUGUCAGAUCUAAAUAAACGAGAAGCAAUGAGAAGACAAAGUCUUGAUCAAGAAGAUACACAAAGUCAUUCGGUAACGGUUGAUGGAGGAAAUAGUUCAAUAAAACCACCGCAUCAUGGAUCUAUUCAUAAAAUACAUCGAAAUAUAUUUAAAAAUGUAAAUAAUCGUCUAAAAUUCGGUACGAGCGAUAAAGGUUCAGAGAAAAAUCAUGCAGCAUUAUCAACAACAUCAUCAUUUGCACCUCAAUAUAAGAUACCACCAAUGGAUGAUAAUGAAACAUCAAUACCAGCAGAUGCAAUUAGUUUGCUACCCGAUCAAACUAACGAAAAUCAUGAUGUUAAACAAGAGAAAAAACAUGUCAGCGAUCAACAAUCAAAAUUUCAAUGGAAAUGUGCAAGAAAACUACAACGUCGUCAAACAAUUGAUUUGUCAACAUUUCGUCGUUCACCGGCUGGUAAAGCAGCACUAAGACACCUACAAGCUAUGUUAUUUCCGUUUAAUGAACAAUCGCCAUCACGUAGUAAAAAACGAUGGAAUGAUGGACAAGAUCAUUAUGACGAAGAAGAAUUAGUAAAUCUUCAACUGCAGACACGUUCUCGAACACCAUCAAGAGAUAGUACUAGUGUAUUACAGUCUACCGAUCAUGUGAACAAUACUGAUAUAUCGUAA